ACUGUAUUUGAGUACUCUCGAGUUUACCAUUGAACUGCAAAAACGUUUUUCGAAUUUCGUUGUUGCUUUGACUGUAUUUUAUUUUACAGCAAGAAAAUAUCCAUGGAGUUUACAGAAGGAAGUAGAGGCAUCUACAGACCCAUCAGGGUGUUGUUUGACACGCCCAUUUAUGAGCGGGCUCUGGAGAUCUGCUGGCACACUGGCUCCUAUAGGUCUCAGAUUGCACUGGAGACUGAACUUUUGAGACUUCAGCAGAAUAACCAACUCCCAUCUGAGGUGACUGCUGAAGACAUGAGUGAGCUGCUGGUGGAGGAGAGCAAAAACACUCUGAGAGUGCAGCUCUGGGAUUUGGAACUGGAGAACUUUGAUCCUGAAGCCAGGCUUCUUCUCAAGAUGGUGUUCCAGGUGAACAACAGCCUGAAGAUGAGAGACGUUGAGUUUGAAGCCAGAAAGCUGCUCAGCACACCAAAGGCGGCCCCUCCUCAGCUUCGACAUCCUAAGAUCAUCAGCCAGGCCCAGAAGUACGCCAGGAUCCUGACAGAGCAACAGCAGGAGGCCCCCAGCUCCAAAGUAGUCCACACAUGGGAGGUUGUGAUGGAGGUGGUUCCUAAAGUCCUGCAGGGCUUCUGGUUGUCUCCUCCAAACACCUCCUUCAACAUGCCCUCCCAAAAGCUCAGUAAAAUGGCUGUUGGAGUUACCAAAGCAGUUGAGGACCGGGUCUCGGCUGUUCUGAUCUCCAAGCCCUUUCAAAUCUGCUUCUCCCGUUCCUUUAGAGACCAAGUGGUCCGGUCUAUCCUGAAAAAGGUUAGACAGCGCUACUCUCAAGACGUCCUGGUAAAGAAACUCAACUGCUUUGCAGCAGAUGUGCUGAACACCAUCGCUGAUGUUGCAGCAGGAGAGAUCUGUGCGCUGUUUCCUCCUCAGACUCACAAAAAGGUUUCUGUAAAUAUCAACACUGAAGAGGAUUACAUCCAGCCAGCAGAUGUAGUGGAUGGUGUGGAAACAGUCUCCGCUGUCAUUACUCCUCCACCAGCUCCUCUGGCCACCAGUGCUAAACCUCCUUCCCACAAAGCCUUCCACAAUAGCUUGAACUGUAGUCUGCUUGCAUACAGACCAGACUCUGCUGUGGUUUAUACCCCACCACCUCCUCUGACUCCCGCUGAUGAGUCUACAUUGCAGGAGGAGAUGACGAUCAUGGGGCAGCCAGUCAAGAUGGAUGCAUCCUUCAACACCACAACAGAGGUCAAAAAGACAGAGAUGAGCGGAUUCAGCUGUUUCUUCAGUUGGCUGCAAAAAAACCUCUGCUGCUGCACCCUGCCUGAAGAUGACCCUUUGUGAAAAUGUUUAGUACUGCAUCGUUGUAAUUUAAUUUGUUGUAAAUUAAU